UGUAGCUAGUAAGAACAGGCACACCGUUCCACGGUGAAAUUUAGUUAAUUUAAGUGUCAACUAGAUCUAACCUUUUAACACAUUGGUAGGACUUACUGAGGGAUGGAUACUUCGAAAAUGUUGUCACAGUGUGUCCUGGUGUUCGCAGCAGCAGUUGCGAUCGUUUCCUAUCAAUCUAUUGAAGCAUCACAAGACACAGAAGAGAAUGGCAGCAAAAAAACAGAAAGCACAAUAUUUUUUCACCAUACGUAUGAAGAAAUGGUCAGUUUGAUGUACGAAGUGAAUAAAGCGUGUCCAGAAGUUACAAGAAUCUACAACCUGAGUGAACCUUCUGUAGAAAAACGCAAUCUCACAGUGCUGGAAAUCACAGAAAACCCAGGCGUGCAUGUUCCAGGUAAACCAGAAUUUAAGUAUGUUGCCAACAUGCAUGGCAAUGAAGUGGUGGGCAAGGAGAUGGUGCUCUACUUUCUGGUGGCUUUGUGCGAGGAAUACAAAAGAGGAGACAAGCUGGCCAACUUUAUUGUCUCACAAACAAGGGUACAUGUUCUGCCCUCAAUGAACCCUGACGGAUGGCAGAAAGCUUACAAGGAAUUGCAAGAAAAGGGUGAGGCUGGUUGGUUGACUGGAAGAGCCAAUGCUAAUGAUGUAGACCUGAAUCGUAACUUUCCUGACCUGAAUGCACAGAUCUAUGAAAAUGAAAAGAAGCACAAAGGCAGGAACAAUCAUCUUGUGAAAGUUGAGAACACAAUUGCUAAUGACAAAUCACUUCAACCUGAAACACGAGCAGUAAUGAGAUGGUUUGCAGAGAUUGGAUUUGUGCUAUCUUCCAACUUGCACGGUGGAGAUCUAGUGGCCAACUAUCCCUAUGAUGAGACAAGAUCUGGCAAAAUGCAGGAGUACACAGCAUGCCCUGAUGAUCACACAUUUGUGUAUCUGGCAAAGUCUUAUGCAUACUUUCAUGCUACUAUGGCUGACCCGGAACGUCCACCUUGUGACAAAGAUGGGGACAACAAACCAAUCACUAACGGUGGGCUGUGGUACUCUGUGGCCAGAGGUAUGCAAGAUUAUAACUACCUGAACACUAAUUGCUUUGAGAUUACUCUUGAACUGGGAUGCAAGAAAUUUCCGGCAGCUUCAGAGCUCGAGAAAUAUUGGUUGGACAAUGCUGCAGCUAUAUACAACUAUGUCCUACAGACUCACAUUGGUGUUAAAGGAUUUGUCAAGUCAGUGGAUGAUACACCAAUUGCUAACGCUGAAAUCAAAGUUCGCAGCUUGGCCACUGGAUUUCCUAUUGACCACGAUAUCGUCUCUCUUGAAGAUGGAGAUUACUACCGACUCCUCGGCAAUGGCUAUUACCACAUCCAGGCUAAGGCUGAGGGCUUCCACCCCAGGUCAAAGUGUAUCCGUAUUGAAAACAACAUCCAUGUUGGUGUCCCUAGCUACGAUCUUCGCCCUGCUACACAGAUGAACUUCACCCUGAACCCAACUAAACUUCCUCAGCAGAGUGAUAAAAAAGAAGAUUAUAACUGUGAAAGACUUUGGAAUGAAGUGCAGAUGGAGACUCAACUGGAGGACCGUGAGCUUCUGGUGUCCGUGCUGAGCUACCUACAGCCUCAGACCAAGUGGUCUCUGUUGGCCGACCAGUUGUCUACCCUUGAGCUCUACUCUCUGCUCGCCGAGGCCCUGAAGGAACUCAACCCAGACCAGAUGAGGGAGGUUCUGGAGAGACUGCCACACGCUGUCCAGGAGCAGUUGGAGCUGGUCAUCUCUGCCCAUAUGUCCAAGUAACUCGGUCCUGGUGGGCUUAGUGUGGUCAUGGUGGACCAUAAUAUGUUAAAUUAACUCUAUCCUGGUGGGCUCAGUUUAGUCAUUUCGGCCCCAUAUGUUGAAUUAACUCUAUCGUGAUGGGCUCAGUUUAGUCAUUUCGACCCCAUAUGUUGAAUUAACUCUAUCCUGGUGGGCUUUGUGUUGUCAUGGUGGACCAUAUGUUGAAUUAACUCUAUCCCAAUGGAUUCAGUUUAGUCAUCUUGACCCUCGUGUUCAAUUGACUCUAUCCUAGCGGG